AGCAUCGAGCAAGUUCUCUUUUGCCUAGGAAGAUCCCGAAGAGCAGAGAGACAGCCAAACAGCACAUCACCUGCUUCCCCCUUUCACCUGCAAGAUAGGCUUCGAAACACCUAAUCCCACUCGCAGCGUCCGCUUCGGGCGCCUUGUCUUCGUUGGCAUCUGUCAACCACCCAGCGCCUUUCAGCAAGACCACUGUGAAGCGCAAGCUCGACGCCAUCCACCAUGGCUUCCUCGGUCUUCUUCAAAUUCAAGUCGCAGAAGGAACCCACGCGCGUGGAGUUCGAUGGCACGGGCAUCUCUGUGUUUGAGUUGAAGCGUGAAAUCAUAUUGCGAAGCGGUCUCGGCGAUGGAACCGACUUCGACCUCGUGAUCUGCGCUGACGAGGGCAUGAAAGAAGUCUACGACGAUGAUACAACAAUCAUUCCCCGUUCGACCACGGUCAUCGCCCGCCGCAUGCCACCGAAGAUCCCCGGCAGAGGGGGUGCGGCGCGCUAUGUCUCCGGCAAGAUGCCUAUUCAUGCGAAGAACUCGUCGCGGCGGGAACAGAUCGCCAAGCCGAUCGCGAAGCCCCAGUCUAACACGCUGGCACAACUAAGCAGCGCAAUGACCGAAGAGGAGAAGAUGGCGGCGGUCUUCCAGGCACAGACCGAAAACUUCACUUCUCGCGAGGAAGAGAUGGCCACGCAACAAUACGUUGCGAAGGGAGGCCCUAAAAAACCAGCCAAUGUCCCCGACCAUGAUCCUCCCCAGGGCUACAUUUGCUACCGCUGCGGCGAGAAGGGCCACUGGAUCCAGCUCUGCCCGACCAACGACAACCCCGAAUACGACAAUCGCCCACGCGUCAAGAGGACGACCGGCAUCCCCAGGUCGUUCCUCAAGACGGUGGACAAGGCGACAGCGCUCGGUCACAACGCCGACGGCGAUGACUCAAAGGCGCCAUCUGGCAUCAUGGUCAAUGCGGACGGAGAGUUCGUGAUUGCUGAGCCCGACAAGGCGUCCUGGGAGCAGUUCCAGGCCAAGGCCAAGGCGAACCCUGCCGCGCAAAAGGCCGCUGCCGAGGAGGACAAGGAAGUCCGGGAGCGAGGCUUGGAGUGUCCCGUCGACAAAAAAAUGUUCAUAGAGCCAAUGAAGACUCCCUGUUGCGAGAAGACGUAUUGCAAUGAUUGCAUCACUAAUGCUCUCAUUGAGAGCGACUUCGUCUGUCCGGGCUGCAAGACCGAGGGCGUCCUGAUCGACGAUUUGAAGACGGACGAGGAGGCCGUCGAGAAAAUCAAGGCGUUCCUUGCCGAGAAGGACGGUAAAGCCAAGGAAGGAUCAGGGAGUCCAUCGGCAUCGAAGACGACAGAAGACGCCGACGGUGACGACGCUGCCGAGAGCAACAAGAUCGAGCCGACAAAGACAAAGUCAAAAUCACCAUCACCUGCCCCGGCAGCGGCACCGGCAACUACUUCUACCCCGCAAACCGCCGCGUCGACGCCCGCCCCGGGAGAGCAGACUCAAGUGUCGAAGAAACGUCCGGCCGAGGACCCUUUGGAGAACCCCAAGAUCCCUAAAGCACCGAAAGCGAUGCAGCAGGCGCAGGAAGCGCAACAGCAGAACAUGAUGAACUCGAUGAUGGGCAGCAUGCCGACCAUGGCAGCAGGCAUGGCCGGGAUGGGCAGCAUGCCCAUGAUGUGGUACCCUGGCGCGGCCAUGAUGGACGGCGGCUUCGGCGCCAUGGGCGGCAUGCCCAACAUGAACAUGGGCAUGCUGAAUCCCAUGAUGAACCCCAUGAUGGGCAUGGCCGGCGGCUUCGGCGGCAUGAACAGCCCCAACGGCAACAACGGAUGGGGCGGGCCAGGCGGAAACAUGGGCGGCAUGAAUGGAGGUGGUGGCGGGCGCAUGAACGGCAUGGGAAUGGGAAUGGGAAUGGGUAUGGGAAUGGGCAUGGGCAUGGGCAUGGGCGGCUACGGCGGCGCACAGAAUUUCCAACAGCAACAACAGCAGCAGCACAAGAGCUUCGCGCACCAGCCCGCCGACGAGGACAGCGCCUACUUCCGCAAGCCGGUCAACCCGCACCGGCACCAGAACCGGCAGCGCCGCAUCCGGCCCAGCGAUUACAGGGAGCUGUGAGACAGACAGACACACACACAGAGAGAGAGCGAGAAGGCAGCCGAGCCGGGGCCUUGUUGUCGCGAGCUUGUUGUUCCUUUUGACGACCGGCCGGGACCGAUCAGACGACCACCCACCCCCCGCGCUCUGCUCUGUUCUCGGAUCUGUUUUGGGAUUUAUUUCGCCAAGACCAUCACACCAUCUCCCACGUACAUACUCAACGUACUCGCCCACCGUGAGCAG